CACACAGUCAUUAGCAAUACCCUAAUCACUCUAUCCUUAAUUUCUUCUUCUUCUUUUUGAAACAAACUCAUUAGCAAAACCCUAAUCACUCUCUCAAUGGGGGAAAGGUUAAACCCUGAAAAGGGAAGGCAGGAACUCGAAGAAAUUUAUAGCGGGAUCAUAGAUGACUCCGCUGAUCUUACAUUUAAAGACCUUGCGAGCUUUCAACAAAAUGGAGUUGCAGAGAGGAAAAACGCGAUGACUCCCAUUAGGGAAGAUAAGGAGAUACUAAGUAAGUCACCUAGUUUAGAUUUCUCCAAAGGCUUCGAAGGAACUAGAGAACAUCUUCAACACAUUGAAGAUGAGAUGAAUUAUAGAAUAUCGGCUAGAAAUAGUGUAAACAAGACGAAGCCAUUGAUGGUUGUCGUAGAGAAUAGCCCGAUGCACAGACCUUUCGAUGAACUCGGUGUGAGAAGGCGGCCAGGGAUCCCUCAUUCGAAUAUUUGCGCAAUGUGUGACACAUAUAUUUAUAUUUUUCGACAUCGUUGCUUGGUAUGUGGAAGGGUGUAUUGUAGAGAGUGUGUUCUAACAGGAAUGGGAGACAUGCAUGAAGGACGUAAGUGUAUUGAGUGCUUGGGAAGGAGAUUCAGUGAAAGGUAUAUACAUAAGGCGGGAGAGAUGGGCUGUUACUGUUGGAAAUACCCUAACAAUGUAAGGUCGCAAGAGCUCAAAUGGGCUGAGAAAGGGCCGAGGAGAGGCCGAGAAAGGAGGCCGGAGAGGAGCGGCAUGGCAUCGAGGCCAAUGAGUCCGAUGAUGACGCCGGGGGGGAUGCCGGGAACACCUUCAAUGUCCUACAUGUCUAGGACAAGAAGCCCAACUGUAGGAACACCAUUGAGAUCACCUUGUCACAAUGUUGGCAUGAGUCCUUAUAAUGUCAAGAGAUCAUCUGACUUCCCUUCUAGUCCUUAUGCUUUUCCUCUGUGAAGAAGUAUAGUAUUGAAACACAUGCAUGAGCAUGAGAUCGUGUAUUAAUUUUAAAUAUUUGAAUUCUUUUAUAUUUAUUUUUAGAAGUU